UUGAGAGACGCUGCAUGUAGCCAACUUAUCUCGCGAGAAUGUAGGAUUGACGGAUUGAAGGCUGUUGAGUGUGGGGUAAUAGCUGCCUGUAAUAUCUGGGCCCACUGAAAGAAACAAAUAGUGGUAGCAGUGAGGGUCUGGUUUCUUACCCCAGGUUCUUGAUCUCAAAAACUAUUCUGGAGGUGAAAUGCUUCUCAAAGAACCCUGUCGUUUGACUGUUUUCUUUUUAACCUUAAGAGUGUGCCAAAAGACAACUUAGAAGAGCAGAACUGUGGUUAUGGCUCCACUGACUUUUCCACCUGUCACUGUGGUGCCUUCCUCAUUGGUGUUGCCUGUUCCUGCAAUAAUAAUCAUUACUGUGGGUGCCUACUUGCUCCUUGUGCUGAUAGCUGUCAUGGUUCGUCAGUGCCUCAUGACGCAAGGAAUGUGUGUGGACUGCUGUUCCUGUAGUAAGGGUAAUCAGCUAGGACUCUCUGAUUGUUGUCUGUCUUGUGCAGAGACCUGUGACUGCCAAGUUCCAUCAAUGGACAGAUGUCUUGAUGACUGCUGUCCUCGGAGAAAACUGUGUGAUAUUGGGAACCUCUUGGCUUGCAACUGUUGUCCAACCUGUGAUUGUGCCUGUGCGUGCCAGCCACCAGACUGCGAAACCAUCAACUGCAUCUGCUUUGAAAUCCGAAUGAAGUAACAAACCUCAGUGGAGCUAUUUAGUAGCGGUGAUUAAUAAGUGCAAAAGAAAAGAAGAGUUGUACUUGGAGGCUCACUGCUGCAUAUUCCUGUUCAGUGUAUAUCAUUUUUUACAACUGAUGUCUUCAAAGUCUUAACUGUCAUGGCAGUGGUAUAACCUGUCAUGCUAAGCAGGAAGUGUUGCCCCUGGUGCCAACUAUCAUUCAAUUUUUUUUUUUUUUUUUUUUUUUUUACAAAAGGAGUGGUGUUAUUCUUAUCAGACACAAUAUUUCUGGAAUCUGGCAUUUAAUGCUUUGGUUGUGGUAACUGAAAAAUGGCCUGAAAAGUUUGCAGCAAGAUGCCAUAUUUAUCAUUUUCAGAAGAAAAUUAGUUUUUAAAUUAACUGUGCCUUAUUUUUAAAUUCUUUCUACAAAACAAAUUCCAUUUCUUAAAGAUUUUAUGUAUAUUAUAAAGAAAUACUAUUGUAUGUAAAUAGCUUAAAAUGUUAUUUUUAUACAGA